AUGCGGACUUACAGCAGUGCUACGUUCGCCGUGCUGAGUGCCGGAACAGCGCUUUGUCGCCUUGUCGCGUCCCGAGUGGAAGCUUCCCGUUUAAGGAGUCUGGGUCAUCCGUGUCGCUUCGCGUCUGCGUUUUUCGGUGGUCUUGGUGGCAUGAGUUUACGAGGCCAAUCGGCGUACCAGCUUCGACCCACUGCUGGAAUCAUAAGUUCAGUGAAAUGUACUGCGUAUUUCCGUUUUCAGGUGUCGACGAUAGCGGAUGAUGUCGACGUUAUUGCAGAUGAGGUUCGUCGGUUCUCUGAGACGUACACAUACGUUUUCACAUCUGGCGGCAUUGGACCGACGCAUGACGACAGAACUUUCGAAUCUGUGGCCAAAGCCUUCGAUUUACGGCUUGUGCUGCAUCCUGAUCUCGAGGACUUCUGCCGCGUCUGGUUUAAGACGAGCGACAUAACUUCCGUUGUCUUCAAAAUGGCAAAGAAGCUUUUCCAUCACCCGGAAUUUUGCACGUGGAAUUGCGAACUUUUUUUGGAUAUGGCGGAGGUGGACGCGGCGCCGGUGCUGAAUAAGGCUGUGUCACAGUUUCCGAAAGUUACCUUCGGUUCCUACCCGGUGUUGGGCCACAGCUAUUACCGAACCCAAAUCACAAUCGAGGCGGAUGUUCGGGAAGACGCGGAAGCUGCUGAAAAAUUUCUUCGGGAAGGGAUUUCUAAAAAUCAAAUUGUUGAAUACGAUCGAAAUCCUUACGAAGACCGAUGGGAGAAGCUGCAGAAACUGCUGGCCGAUCCGAACAAGAAGGAACUGCAUGAACCAAUUCAGAAGUCUCUGCAAGUGAUCGACAAAUGCUACAAUCAAUUCAAACCAGAAGAAGUGUGCCUGUUUUUCAAUGGAGGCAAGGAUUGCACAGCAGUACUGCACCUGGUGUCCUGCUUCCUCCAGCACAAGUAUCCUAAUUACCGACUCACGGCCGUGGACGUGAUUGAAGACGACAAAGCCAUGUUUCCGCAAGUGCACAAGUUCAUCGAGGAGACGGAAGUGAGGUACAAUUUGGAGUUGCUCACGUACCGAGGUUCCAUUCGUGGCGCCUUGGCGCAGUUGCUCGUUGAGCAGGAGGAAAGGGAAGACGUGGAGGACAGUAUCCCGGAAAAUUCGAAACUGAACUACGGACAAGUGGUGCAGGUGUCUGGGAAGAAGAGCAAGUUCCCACUCAUCUCUGUGAAGAACGUGUAUAUGUUUCCCGGUGUUCCGCCUUUGCUACGACGAGCCAUGGACAUUCUAGCGCCCAAGCUUUUCCAUCACCCGGAAUUUUGCACGUGGAAUUGCGAACUUUUUUUGGACAUGGCGGAGGUGGACGCGGCGCCGGUGCUGAAUAAGGCUGUGUCACAGUUUCCGAAAGUUACCUUCGGCUCCUACCCGGUGUUGGGCCACAGCUAUUACCGAACCCAAAUCACAAUCGAGGCGGAUGUUCGGGAAGACGCGGAAGCUGCUGAAAAAUUUCUUCGGGAAGGGAUUUCUAAAAAUCAAAUUGUUGAGUACGAUCGAAAUCCUUACGAAGACCGAUGGGAGAAGCUGCAGAAACUGCUGGCCGAUCCGAACAAGAAGGAACUGCAUGAACCAAUUCAGAAGUCUCUGCAAGUGAUCGACAAAUGCUACAAUCAAUUCAAACCAGAAGAAGUGUGCCUGUUUUUCAAUGGAGGCAAGGAUUGCACAGCAGUACUGCACCUGGUGUCCUGCUUCCUCCAGCACAAGUAUCCUAAUUACCGACUCACGGCCGUGGACGUGAUUGAAGACGACAAAGCCAUGUUUCCGCAAGUGCACAAGUUCAUCGAGGAGACGGAAGUGAGGUACAAUUUGGAGUUGCUCACGUACCGAGGUUCCAUUCGUGGCGCCUUGGCGCAGUUGCUCGUUGAGCGACCGAGGGUCAAAGCCGCCUUUCUGGGCAUGCGAAUGGGAGAUCCUCACGCAGGUGAAAGUGAAACUGCUACGUUUGCGCCGACGGAUCCUGAAUGGCCUCCUAUGAUGAGGGUGUACCCGAUUUUGCACAUAUCUUACAAGGAACUGUGGGAUUUAAUCCGGUCGCUGUAUCUUCCGUACUGCAAUUUGUACGACAAGGGGUUUACUUCUUUGGGCCGAACUGAUACCACCUUUCCGAAUCCUGCUCUGCAAAUUUUCCAACCGGAUUCGAACAAAUUGGGUUAUCUCCCAGCGCAUCGCUUGGCGGAUCCCAAGAAGGAGCGUGAUGGAAGGAUAAAAACCUUGCCUUCUGCACAAGAGAGCAAGAAAUCCUGAACGAUUGUUUCUUUCCAUCCGGUGGGACUUUCCAGAGUUCCGAGAUAAUUGUUGAAUAUCUUUUAUUGUACACACGGUGCUUUGGGUUUUUGAAUUGGUGGAUGAAUAAAUUAUAUUUUAAUCAUUUGAAAGUAAAA